AUGAAUUGGCAAUAUAAACAUAAGCAUUCUCUCGAACAGCGUCGAUUUGAAUCUGAACGUAUUCGACGGCGUUAUCCCGAUCGUAUUCCUGUUAUUGUUGAACCAUUACUCUCUUCGUCAUCAGUGUUACCAACAUCAUUAUUUCGUUCGUUUUCUUCGUCAUCAUCGUCGUGUCAUGACACAACAUUAAUUCGUCUCGAAAAUGAGAAAUUCCUUGUCCCAUCUGAACUAUCCUUCGGUCAGUUUGCUUAUAACAUUCGACGACGUCUACGGCUACGUCCCGAGCAUGCGUUGUUCUUCUAUGUCAGUUCCUAUGGUAAACAACCAUCUCUGAACACAACUAUUGAAGUUUUAUAUCAUGAAAAUAAAGAUAUCGAUGGUUUUUUGUAUGUGUGUUACGCAGACGAGAAAGCUUUUGGAUGA